AACUUGGGAGCUGAUUGAAUUGAGACUCACCCAUACACUGAACCAGGAAGUUCCCUUCAGAGAAAACGAAACUCAGAUCUCUCUCUCUCUCUCUCUCUCUCUCUCUCUCUCUCUCUCUCUCACUCUCUCUCUCUCUCUCAGUGUGUGAGUGCAGGAAAAUGGCAGAAGCCAGUAUUUCAGUAGAUCAGGAUCAGUUCAUCUGUCCAGUGUGUCUGGCUUGUCUGAAGGAUCCAGUGACUCUCCAUUGUGGCCACAGUUACUGUAAGGUGUGUAUUAAUGGCUUCUGGGAUCAGGAGGAUGUAAAGCGUGUCUACAGCUGCCCACAGUGUAGAGAGACUUUCACUCCAAGGCCUGUUCUACGCAGGAACAACAUACUGGCUGAAGUGGUGGAGAAACUGAAGGAGACUGAACUCCAAGCUGCUUCUCCUGCUCACUGUUACGCUGGACCUGGAGAUGUGGCGUGUGAUUUCUGCACCGGGAGAAAACACAAAGCAGUCAAGUCCUGUCUGGUGUGUCUGGCCUCCUUUUGUGAAGAUCAUCUUAAACCUCACUAUCAGUCUCCUGCCUUUAAGAAGCACAAGUUAGUUGAACCCUGUGCAGAGCUCCAGGAGAAGAUCUGCUCUCAACAUGACAAACUGCUCGAGAUCUACUGUUGUACUGACCAAAGCUUCAUCUGUUACUUGUGUAUGAUGGAUGAUCACAGAGGCCAUGAUGCAGUUGCAGCUAAAGCAGAAAGAACUGAAAAACAGAAUGAGCUAAAGGAGGAGCAGAUGAAAUCCCAGCAGAGGAUCCAGGAGAAGCAGAAGAAAGUGCAGGAGCUGAAACAGACUGUGGACACUAUUAAGAGGCGUUCACAGGCAGCAGUAGAUGAGAGUGAGAAGAUCUUUACUGAGCUGAUCAGCUCCAUGAAGAAAAAGCGCACGAAGGUGAAGGAACUGAUCCGAGCUCAGGAGAAAGCUGAACUGAGUCGAGCUGAACGACUCCUGAAGCAACUGGAGCAGGAGAUUGCUGAUCUUAAGAGGAGAGUCACUGAGCUAGAGCAGCUUUCACACACACACGAUCACAUCCACUUCCUCCAGAGUUUCCCGUCUCUCUGUGUUUCUCCUGGAUCUGAGGACUCACCCAGCUUCACUGUCAAUCAACGUCUCUCAUUUGAUGGAGUGAGGAAAUCUCUCUCAGAUCUGAAACAACGAGUCGAGGAAAUGUGUGAGGAGGAAUUCAACAAAAUCCGUCCACAAGUUGCAGCAGUUCAGAUGAUUUUACCCUCACAACCAAAGAGCAGAGAAGAUUUUUUGCAGUAUUUCUGUUAUCUGACUUUGGAUCCCAACACGGCACAUCCUUACCUCAUUCUGUUUGAGAAGAACAGAGCGGUGGCAUGCAGUGAGACAGAUCAGCCAUACCCUGAUCAUCCAGAGAGAUUUGACUGCUGGCCUCAGGUGUUGUGUAAGGAGAGUGUGUGUGGACGCUGUUACUGGGAGGUGGAAUGGAGCGAUGGUGUGUCCAUAUCAGUCUCGUAUAAAGAGCUCUGUAGGAAAGGAGGGGGUCAUGAGAGUUUGUUUGGUCUCAACAGUCAGUCCUGGACUCUGGUGUGUUCUUCUUCCUCUGUCUCUUUCUGGCACAACGGCAUUGAGACUGCUCUCCGAGGUCCAUUAUCCUCCAGAAUAGGAGUGUAUGUGGAUCACAGUGCAGGAACUCUGUCCUUCUACAGCGUUUCUGUCACGAUGAACCUCCUCCACAGAAUCCACACCACAUUCACUCAGCCGCUAUACGCUGGGUCCUGGAUAGAUUAUUACUCAACUGUGAGGUUCUGUGAUCCAAAAUGAAAUGUUGGUAAAAGUCUUUAGUAAAAUUAUAACUGAGGUGUUAUUUAAUUUAGAUUUAAUUUCUCCCUGAACUACAAUGGCAAUUUCCUGUGCCGAAACUGUAACGCUAUUGAAAGUACACUCUAAGAAUCACUGAGUUAAAAACAACCAAAAAUGGUUUAUUUUUAGCCCAUCGGCUGGGUAAAUAUGGGACAGAACACAUUUUGGGUUAAACUAACCUAUCAAGUUGGAUGUUAAUUUGAACCCAGCAAAUGGGUCGUUUUUCAACCCAAAUGAUGGUUUCAUUUUUACAAAAAUGCUGGUUUAAUUUUAUUUCAUAAAUGGGUUAAUAUUUUCAGGGUUAUUUUUACCCUUUGAAAAUGUCAAAUAGAGCACAUUAAAAAACAAAUACGUCAA